AAACGGAGUGUAUCAAUGCGCAAUCGCAUCGAAACGUUUCACGACUCCCGAGGACGAGGAAUAAACAGACACGAUGCUCGGAGGAAACGGCAGGCAGGCAGGGCAGGCCUCGCGCGUGGAAGACCUUUGAGCGAGUGCUCGCGCACGGAAAGGCCAACGAUGGACCAAACGAAAGCGACCGCCUCUAGGCUCUUCUACACCUCAUGCAUCGAGAACAAGGACGACUUGGAAGAGAAGUUCGAGCGCUGCUACACAAUUUUGCAAAACCUAAUUUCGGGACUCUCCGAGAAAGAAGCCCACGAUAGCCUGAAUAAUGCAGUGUGCAAGGAUAAGACUCACGAAGAAGUGUCUUUGGGACUCUUAGUAGUUAUUCUGACCGAGCCACCCAACGCAGCAAAAAGUUAUCGUGACUUGACCCUUAUUACGAGAGAUGGUUUAGCCAUUGUAUUAGGUCACCUCAACCAAUUAGUACUGGAACGAUAUUUACGCCUUCACGAUACAGCAAGAAGUCAGUUGUUAUGGCUUCUCAGGGAAAUGAUAAGAACAAGUGUCACAAAUGUCGACAACCUUUGUUCGAGUUUAUUGAGGCAUGCUGCUGGCGGAGAUACGUCAGUGAGAAAUCUAUUUCUGGUCGAUGCUCUCUUGGACAUAUUUCAAGAGAACCGACCGUGGCUAGAUAAAUUCCCAUUCUUGGUUGCCUCAAUUGUCUAUACUUAUCUACGUUUAAUCGAGGACCACACUGCUCCACAUUUAGCUACUCUUAGGCAGAAGGAAGUCUCGUUUAUGGUAUCUUUGAUCAGAGAAAGGUGUGCCGACUGUUUAGUGAUUGGCAGAGAUUUGGUUCGACUGUUACAAAAUGUUGCAAGAAUACCCGAGAUUGAAGCUCUCUGGAAAGACCUGUUGCUGAAUCCAAAGUCCUUAUGUCCAAACUUCAUCGGUGUAUUGCAACUUCUACAAACAAGAACGUCUAGAAGGUUUUUACAGUCGAGAUUGACACCUGACAUGGAGAGGAAGCUGGUAUUCUUAACGAGUCAAGUGCGUUUUGGCAACCAUAAGCGGUAUCAAGAUUGGUUCCAACGACAAUACUUGGCCACCCCAGAGUCUCAAUCUCUCAGAUGCGACCUCAUUAGAUUUAUAGUUGGUGUUAUUCAUCCAACGAAUGAACUCUUGUGCUCGGAUAUUAUUCCAAGGUGGGCAGUGAUCGGUUGGCUAUUCACCACCUGCACAUCCACCGUCGCCGCAAGUAAUGCCAAAUUGGCAUUAUUCUACGAUUGGCUAUUUUUUGAACCUGAAAAAGAUAAUAUAAUGAACAUAGAACCAGCUAUUCUAGUGAUGCACAAUUCCAUGAGAUCACAUCCUGCUGUCACUGCCACUUUGUUAGAUUUUUUGUGCAGGAUAAUUCCAAAUUUCUACCCAGCGUUGACUGAGAAAGUUAGAAGUGGUAUUUUCUCCUCACUCAGGCAGAUUUUAGAGAAGCGUGUGCUGCCUAGCCUGUAUCCAUUAUUUGACAGCCCGAAACUAGACAGAGAAUUGAGAACUAAGAUACGGGAAACUUUCAAAGAAUUUUGUCUACCGCCCAAUACUGAUCCAGGCAAUAAGCUUCCAAUCCCCAUGUAUUCAGGUAAAAUGGAAGAACUUAAUAAGGAUCUUGGUCCUGGGCUGAUGCUGGAAGGACCUGGAAAUACAUUGGAUAACAAUCAUGUGGGACAAGAUGAGCCAGCUUUUAGUGACGAGGAAGAAGAAAUGCCAUUACAGAUAAUUACAAAAAUUGAGGAGGAAGAAGAUGAGGAUGACAUGCCACUUGCCAAAGUGAAACUAAAAAAUGACCAAAGGAAUGCCAAUUGCGUCGUUAAAAAAGAAGAGAAGGAAGUAGUACCGCAGUUGAGUUUUAUGUUGGAACCUCCAGAACUGGGAGUAGCGGUUGAAAGUUUACAUCUUGAACCUGAUAAUGAGGCUAAGUGCCAAGCUAUGGAGAGGAUAGUUCAAUUAGUCAUAGAAGACGAAAUCGAAUCGGAAACGUUACCUGCGUUAGCAUCAGCGAUAUCUACAGUUCUAUUUUUACAAACGACAUCGCAGAUAUUUCCUGCAGAUAAUCUAAAUGACGAGAGUUUGGCAGAUAGUAUAAGCACGCCGUUAUUUGUCAUGUACAGAAACCAAUUUCAGUUGUGUAAAGAAGAAGACAAGCGUAGAAAACUCUUAUCUAGAGUUUUGGCAGAAGUUCAAGUUAUCCAGCCAAGAACUGGAUACUUACUUUUGUAUUUUCUCAAAGUGUGGGGAAGAGAAGAAGAGAAGAGAGAAGGCGAGCCUAGUAACGAGUUGAACGACGUUAAGGCGUUAGUGUAUAAGGAUUUUUGCUCAGAACGAGAAAAGAAAUUAGAAGCAUGUCUUUUGGCGGAUUUAAAGCUUUGCCACGAAGACGACAUACACUUACUCUGUUACUUAAUCCCUGAUGUUUACAUGGGAUUUCAAAAUGUGGCUGUCGGAAACGUACACCUAUUACAACUAGUGGUAUCAACUGUUGAUGCCAGUCAAUUGCAGGACUUAAUUUGUCAGAUAAUGCAAGGUCACUUGAGAAUGCUCAAAAAGGAAUCAUUUACCACCAUUCUCACGGCUAGUCUACAUUGGGAAACGUUUGAGCAAUAUUGCUUCUGGCAGCUUAUUGCUGCACACGACUUUUCCAUAGAGUCUGUGUUACCUAUAUUGCCAAAACUCGAAUUUCGAAACCAUGCAGAAGCGUUAACGUCAAUUCUUUUCAUGCUAAAGCAAGAAAAACCCACAAUGGAGCUAUUACGACAGCUUUUUUGCCGGCACAGCGUUGACGGUGAUAUGUUUGUGGUAGCUGCAUUACGCUACUGGUGUCGCGAAUACGAAGACAAAUUGGGCGAAUUAGUAGCAAAUUUAUUGAGUACACGCUAUCCUGCGACUAGCCCUAAUAAGCGGAAGCGGACAACAGCUAAGCAUGCGCAACAGUCAGGACCCCCAACAGGAGAACAAGUACUAGGACACCUCGACCAACUCAGACAGCACUGUCUAUCGUCAACUGAAUUGGAAUUUUAUCAGUUAGAUGGAAUGCAGAGAGCACUGCAGCAGGCACAAGCUUCGAGCAGUGAUUCUUUACGUAAAAGUUUUGGGGAUCUCUUUGCGCUAGCUGAAGUUAAUGAAGAAAAUGAACCACCCCCACCUCCACCAAGGAAACAUGCUGCCAACACAGGCAGCGGCGGUGGAGGAAAAGGAGGUCAUAGAAAAGCUGGUGCCAGUACAAGAGAAAGACCUGCUGCCAAACGUCCGCCGCCCCGAGAUAGGACUACAGAAAGUAGCGAUCAGAGUAGUGAAGAAGAAGAAAUCAUCAAACCAAAGCAAGCGAAAAAAAGAAAAAAGAUAAACCCUGUUGGCUCUGAUAGCGACUGACCACCCAGUGUCUUCAUGCGUCAUAUGGACCACGUGCGCGUGUGUGCAGCAAGUUAAUCCAGUUUUAAGAGUAGUAAGAUAAUAUAAUAUGCUAUACAUAAUAGAGUAAGCAAUCUGUAAAUAAACGAUUCGCCAAAAGUCCAACAGUCCUGAGAUAUCUAUGACAAACAUUUUGCAAUCUCUGAGAAAAAUUUUCAUGCUUGCUAAGCUGUAAUUUAUUUUUCAUUACUUUUCAUCGGUUCAACCGUUACAGUUUUAUCCAUAAAAGAAGUUCGAAUCAGUCUACGGCUUUGUAAAAUUUAAAUUAAACUUCAUUUUCAUGAAAAUGCAAUGCAGAAAGGAUGUACUUUGUUUUACGGAGACUUUUAUCGGCAUAACUUAGUUGCUAUUUCGAUUCGUUACUCAUAUUUACGCAGAGAUUAAGGACACGCGUUAAUAUUAGGUAUUUUGUUAUGCGAAAUAAUGUAUGUCGAGUAUAUAUGAGGCCAACAAAUGUUUAUCUUAUUUUAUUGUCAUUUUUGUAAAUAAAAUUUAAGUAAAUUGGUUAACUUUUAUUACUUGAUGAAAAUCAGCUACUCGGAUGGACGCUCAUACUUGAUUCAUUAGCAAAAAAUCGACGUAUGAGUAGAAGGAAUAGACAAUUCAAUGACCAAAAUGUAUUUCAUUUACGCCCGUUGUAGCACAAUAUUUGAUAUAAGGCUAAAGUGUAAAUGACCUGAGAGAUGCGAGAACCAUUUAUUACCAGCUAUGUACAUUUCCUGUAAAAUCAGUUAGAUAGUCUAAGCAACCACGCUGAAUUAUGUAUUUCGGAAUUUGUACAUAAUAAUGAGAGUAUGGAUUUCAUCGUCGAUUUUCAUACUCAAUUUAUAUUCGUAUCAGCAUAUUCAUUUUUUUAAAUGAAAACUGGAAUAUGAUAUUACCCGUAGACGAAAUUCAUAACUAGGCAAAUGAUGAAGGGCCGUAGUUUCAACGUUGUUACCAGAUAAAUUUUUUUACUGUAAAUAAAUAACAAAAUUCGUGAAAGGUUUUAAGCAACAAAGAAUUUAUGAAAAAGUGGAAAACAUAAAUUGUAAACAUUCUGAUGUUUUUCAACGAUCUUGUACACACGGAAACAUGUAAAUGUAAAUACAUAGAUUAUCGUAAUACAAAACAACCAGUUUUAUUGUUACAUACAUUUAGAAUUGCCUAUUAUAUUACUAAACUAAGAUCUAGUAUCGGAGUCCUACUAAUGAUGUUAUGGAUCACAAUAAGACAAUUUUUAACUGUCAGCAUAGAAAAAUACAUAUACAGGUAAUUUCAUUUGUUUUUUACAC